AAAACUCAAAGUCCCACAAUGCAUUGUAAACGAAAGGGUAAAUCGCGCCUGCGCGCUAAGCAAUCCCUCUUUGGACCUACGUCUCCACUGAAACGAUGGCCAAGCGUACCAAGAAGGUGGGGAUCGUUGGUAAAUAUGGCACGCGUUAUGGCGCGUCGCUGAGGAAGAUGGUGAAGAAAAUUGAAAUCUCCCAGCACGCCAAAUACACCUGCUCUUUCUGUGGCAAGACCAAGAUGAAGAGGAGGGCCGUUGGUAUCUGGCACUGUGGGUCCUGCAGGAAGACCGUGGCAGGAGGCGCCUGGACUUACAACACAACGUCCGCUGUCACAGUCAAGUCCGCGAUCAGGAGGCUGAAGGAGUUGAAGGACCAGUAAACCAGUGCUACGAUCACUGGUGGAUUUGGGACUUUUUCUAUAGUUUAACCGACCUGGACUUGGCCUCAACACCCACAAAUAAAUCUGUCUGGAGCGGAA